AUGGACGGAGUUCCUGAUCUGAGCGCGUUAUUGAAGGGGAAACUGCAAUUGCUUUCGAAGAAGUCAACUCCCGCUAACGUGCAAGCGUCGACCAGCUCUGACGGUGACCGGGCUUCCAAGGAAGGAGCACCCGAUUUAGUUGACGAGGGCAUUGGGACGGAGCCUCCUACCUCGAGUCCCAAAAAGAAGAAGAAAAAGAGUAGGAAAUCCAAGAGGAGAGCAACCGAAGAGCUUCCUCUUGAAGAGAUCGCUUCUCUCGACGAAACCUCUGAGGAUUUGGAGCGCCGCGGCGCUGCAGAGGAUCCUGUCGAGAUAAACCCGUCCGAGGGGGUGUCUGAGGAUUGUCCCAGAAAGAAGAAGAGGUCCAUCAAAGCAGAGCCGCGUCCUUCUGAUGUGGAGGCGGCCCUAGUCGAAGUCGUCACGAGAGAUGGCGUUUCUCCUGAAACCCCUCCAGAGAAGAGAAAGGUCUCAACGCAAGGGAGUGAUCCUGUUACGAGCGAGAGGUCUGCUCCUGAUCCGUCUGCGAGAAAAAGCUCUCGUUCUGAAGGUUCUAUCGUUCACGGUGGGACGAAGGAGAUGCUGCAGUUGGAAGACCUUUACUUCAAGAGCGAGUACAUCGAUGCUGCUUCCUCUAGAGCACGGUGCUCUGAAGCAGUGAUCCAGUUGGGGUCUUCGGAGAAGCUUGCCCAGUCGAGGUUGAAGGCCAUCGAGAGAGUAAGAGAGGAGCAUAAGAAGGCUAAUGAGAGGGCUGCGAAGGAGAAAGACAUUCUUCGAGUGAAGUUCGAAGAGCUGGAGGGUAAGCUCAAAUCUGCCGGAGCGGCGAGGAAAGAGCUUACCCGAGAGAACACUCAUCUGGAGCAAGCGACCAUUAACCUAGAGAAGGAGAAGGCCGAGCUACUCGAAGAGAGGGAUGCUGCGGUAGAGAAGUUGAUCAGAGAAAGGCAGCGCUUGAGGGCCUCUCGGAGUUUGGAGGUUACUCGUGAGAGAGAAAGAGUCGAAGCCGCCAUGAUUGAUAAGGCCAAUCACUGCUUUGUUCGCGUGCGCGACCACUUUACUCGCUUGGAGGCCCUUGGGAAAGCGAAGAACCUGUACGGAGGCUUCGGGAACGAAGAAGAGAAAAUCUACGAGGCGGAGGCUACAAAACUUUGUGUUGGUCCGCUAUCUGAUAGCGACCUCACUCUUUCUCCGCUGGGACUCCCUUCUCGCUUCGUCGAGUACAGGUUUAGAGGGUCGUUUGAUCCUUAUGGUUUGAACGUAAAUUUGAUCAGACCGGAGACGGCUUCUCAGAUUAUUACCUCGCUCGAGAUUACCGGGGAGCCAACAGAAGAGCCAUUGGUUGAUGUGACGUCGGUCCCCGCUGAGCACGUUGAGGUUCCGGAAGGAGGGGACCUUGGAGAGCAUCCAGAGAACAAGAACCUGGAGGAGGUCCCCGGAAAGGACAACUUUGGGAUAGGCAACACUCCGGUUCGAGAGGAAGAGACCGAGAACGUGGGCAUCGAGGAUCCUGUCCUCGUCUCGGAUUCUUCUUCUGAAGGACGAGAAGACAGAGAAGAGGAAGACGAUAGAGUCAAGGAGACGUCACCGUCACAGCCUAUCGAGGAAGACCCGACUGCUGCCGCUACUGAAGACCCAGUCGGUCCUUCUGCUCUUGGGAUGCCAGAGGAGGUCGGUCAAGAUUCUGCGCCUUGA